AUGAAGACGAACUGUAUCGAUACUGUCUCUUGGUUCAUCAGAAGAAAGAUGGGGAUAGACAAAGAAACGUGUGAUCCAACUGAAAUUGACCUGGUACGACCACCUCCCCCUUCGAAACUGCCGUCGAUUCGAGUAACUCCUCGGCCAAACGUUGUCACGACGACAAGGACUACUGUAAAAACUGGCAGUUUCAUCCCCAUCAGUACUAGUACAACAACUUCUUCCACUACCACCACUUCAACGACCACAACAACCACUCCGCCAACAAGCACUGUCCAAACCACGUCCAGACCACCUCGUAUUGUUACAAUGAAAACGAAAUCUUUUGGUAAACGGUGCCGUAUUACGUAUCCGCGAAAGAAAGUGAGCGGUUCGAAGACUCGGCCCGCACUUGUCUGUGAUUCUGCCCCUACUAUCGCCCAGUAUUUAUCGCUCAGUGCUCUGUUCUUUCAAUGUUUGCUGUCAUUUUUGUUUUGA